AUGACCUCCGGAGUUUUGACAAAGGACGGCAGCAGGGCCAUAAGAGUUUAUGAGAGCAGUAAAAUGUGUCCGGAGGAAAUCAGUCACCUUGACUUUGAAUGUGAGAAACCGUCUAUUCAGCAUUUAACACCCCACUGUAAAGACGCUUGUGAUGGGCGUCACUUACACAUGCACAAGCCUGAGGAUGCUGUGACAUUCAAGAUGGAGCAGAUCCUGAGAGUGAAAGCGGAGGAUGAUAAAAUCCCUCUGUUAUUGGUGGGGAAUAAGUCUGAUUUGGAGGACAGGAGGCAGGUGUCUGCGGACGAGGCCCGGACCAAAGCGGACGAGUGGUCUGUCCAGUAUGUGGAAACAUCAGCCAAAACCAGAGCGAACGUCGAUAAGGUCUUCUUUGAUCUGAUGAGGGAGGUGCGGGCGAAGAAGAUGUCCGAGAACAAGGAGAAGAACGGGAAGAAGAGCGGCAAGAAGAAGAAGAGCUUGAAAGAGAGAUGCACGCUGCUUUGAGCCGCACAAACGCUUGAUUCCCAUGUCAAGCUCUCCUGUCCUGGACUGAGCCGUUCUUCUGGUGAUGAGGAGACCAGAUCUUCCUCCUCGAGCGUUUUUCUUGCCAAACACAAUCGAACCAGAACCAUAAGCCACUGUUCUGACCUCAACUACAAACCUUCCAUAUCUUUAAAGGACUUUUUAUAAGUUUCUACCCGUUUUCCUUGGUGUUGUAAUAUCAAAUCAGUAGCGUAACUCUAAUCUGUGAAAAAUGCAGGCUUUGUAACUUUCCAAAAGUCACUUUUUUUUAUACUCAAACUCAAGUUAUAUUCAUUAUGCUGCAUCGCUGUUCUUCAUUCAUGAAACGGGAAUCAUUUUUUUAAGUAAAUUGUUGCAUUGAAUUAAAGGCUACAAUUUGUGACAAACCAUUUAGAAAUGAGUUCUGCUUGAAUUUCACACAUGCAUGUAAAUCUUUUUGUGCUAAAUAACUCAUUUUUAUCUGCCUUUCACUUAUUUUAAGGCAAAGGCAACAGACAUAUAUGAAUUUGCUUUGCAUGCAUUAUUAUGCAGCUUAACACAGCUGAGGAAGGUGCAGACUUUGCGCUUUUAUUAUAAAACAGACACACAAUUGAAAGUAUAUUUUUGUAAUCAAAUCACUCUGUUUAUUGAUUACUCUGCCUGGUGAAUACAGACCAAAUAAACCUUCUCUGAAUUU